AUGGCGGCUGCUGCAGCCACCGCGGCCGCCACCGCCGGCACGGCCGCCUGCAGCGGCAGCAACAGCAGCGGCGCCGGCACCGACGCCGCCGGCAGCAGCGGAUUGCAGCAGCCGCCGCCACAGCCCCAGCCCGCGGCCGCGGCGCCGGCCCAGCCGCCGCCACCCGAGCCCCCCAGGAAGCCACGCAUGGACCCGCGGCGGCGCCAGGCUGCUCUCUCCUUCCUCACCAACAUCUCGCUGGACGGACGGCCGCCGCUGCAGGAAGAGGAGUGGGGCGGCGGCGAGGAGAGCGGCGCGGUCAAGGCGGGCGGCGGCAGUGCCUGCGGCGCGAGGACCCGCCUCAGCCUGCUCCCGUCCGCCGAACGCGCCGGCUGCACCGCGCUUGCGGCAGCGGCGUUUGCGGCUGGACCCGGCCUCUGCGCCCCGCAGUCCUCGCCACUGCCGCUUCUGCCCCCGGGAGGCCACGCGAUCGUGCCCGGCCCCACGGCGGUCCGGGGGUUCGCCGGCCCCUUCGGCGCGGGCCGGGCGUCAGGGGAGCAGCUGCAGCUGCCCGACGGGUCCGGGGGCGCGGUUCAGGAGGAGUUGGAGGAGGACGAUGCUUUUACAAGCGUGCAGGUGCCGGCGGCCGCCUUCUUGAGCUGCGGGGCCCCCGGGACUGGGAGCGGCAGUCGGGGCCGCCUCAAUUCGUUUACUCAGGGAAUUCUGCCCAUCGCCUUCUCCAGGCCCACCUCUCAGAACUACUGCGCCCUGGAACAGCCGGGCCAGGGGGGCAGCACCAGCGCCUUCGAGCAGCUGCAGAGGUCCCGACGUCGCCUCAUCUCCCAGAGGUCUUCCUUGGAGACACUGGAAGACAUUGAAGAGAACGCACCUCUACGGAGAUGUCGAACUCUCUCAGGUUCGCCCAGACCAAAGAAUUUUAAGAAGAUUCAUUUUAUCAAGAAUAUGCGGCAACAUGACACCAGGAACGGCAGAAUAGUCCUUAUCAGUGGCAGAAGAUCCUUCUGUAGUAUCUUUUCAGUGCUGCCGUACCGUGACAGUACCCAGGCCGGGGAUUUGAAGUUGGAUGGAGGGAGACAGUCAGCAGGCGCCAUGAGCUUGAAAGAGAUCAUCGGUCUGGAGGGCGUGGAGCUGGGCGCUGACGGGAAGACUGUUUCUUAUACCCAAUUUCUGUUACCCACAAAUGCCUUCGGGGCCAGAAGAAACACCAUAGACUCCACCUCGUCCUUUUCCCAGUUCCGGAACCUGAGCCACCGCAGUCUUUCCAUCGGACGAGCAAGCAGCACCCAGGGGAGCCUCGACACAGGUAGUGACCUGGGAGACUUCAUGGACUAUGAUCCCAAUCUCCUGGAUGACCCGCAGUGGCCUUGUGGCAAGCACAAGCGAGUUCUGAUCUUCCCAUCGUACAUGACCACAGUCAUUGACUAUGUGAAGCCCUCAGAUCUCAAGAAGGACAUGAACGAGACCUUCAAGGAGAAGUUUCCGCACAUUAAGUUAACACUCAGCAAAAUAAGGAGUCUGAAGCGAGAGAUGCGGAAGCUGGCUCAGGAGGACUGCGGCUUUGAGGAGCCCACUGUGGCCAUGGCCUUUGUCUACUUUGAGAAGCUGGCCCUCAAGGGAAAGCUAAACAAACAGAACCGGAAGCUUUGUGCUGGAGCAUGUGUGCUGUUAGCAGCCAAAAUUGGAAGUGACCUCAAAAAGCAUGAGGUCAAGCAUCUAAUUGAUAAACUGGAAGAGAAGUUCCGGCUGAACAGACGAGAGCUGAUUGCCUUUGAAUUCCCAGUGUUAGUGGCCUUAGAGUUCGCGCUUCAUCUGCCAGAGCACGAAGUCAUGCCCCACUACAGACGCCUGGUCCAGAGCUCCUAGCACAGGCCCCAUGGGGGGGCGCCUGCCCGGGAGGCGAGGGCCGCUUCCUCCAAGCCUGUGGAGCUGCACUCACUACUGGAAAUGCAAAAACAGAACUUAGAACGCCACACUUUGUUUGUCUUCUCAACGUGUUUUUGUGGAAACAGCACCAGAAGCUUUUCAGGGAGCCUUCAGUCUGGCUAGCUGAGAGGACUGUAAGCUGUUUACCGCUCAGAGCGAGGGAAGGAGGAAACCAUGCUGAAGACAGCAGGCCAGUGCUGAAGCUGGGGCGGCCCAAGACCCAGCGCAAACCCUCCGUGAGCAAGAAUUCUUAGUUGUCCCAUCCCAGUUCUCCUUCCAGGCACACACACACCUCACAAGUAUGGUCCAGGGCCUUCUCUCCAGACCUGUUCCAACUCCAAGUGUGUGGCAUUAAAGAGCAUAGGGGAAGAGAAUUUGCAGAAGUUGGGGGAAAGCUUUGAAAUAUCCCCUCACUGUGUCAAAAGAGGAAGCCUUGGUGGUGUAGUGGUUAAGUGCUACGGCUGCUAACCAAAGGGUUAGCAGUUCGAAUCCGCCAGGCGCUCCUUGGAAACUCUAUGGGGCAGUUCUACUCUGUCCUAUAGGGUCAGUAUGAGUCGGAAUUGACUCACCGGCACUGGGUUUGGUUUGGGGUUUUGGUGCCAAAAGAGCGUGACAACCUAUUUUUGUAUCUGCUAUUGGAAGUGCACUUUCCCCCGGGGUGUGGGAAUGAGUGAGUGUGUGUGCACACGUGUGUUUGUGUGUGUGAGUGAUUGAGGGUACUGCAUCAGCCCUAGUCCCCCAAAGGCAGGCCCCCUGUUCAUAGUGCAGACCUCAGCCUGCAGUUGGGAACCAGGCUGACCUUCAGCAAUUACUUCUUGACUAUUUCUGGUUAGGGAUCACUCUGUCAAUUCCAGACUGCUUGACACCCUCAGCCGCUUACAAAAUGACACUAUUUCUGUUACUGCUACUACAACCCACAGGACAGAGAAAAUAAGUUUUCAUAUCGGACCCAGCUGUAUGGAACAGGUGUUGCAUUUGGGUAUGGGUAACAUUUCUGUUGUCUGGCCGUCGUGACACCAUGGGCAAGUCUUCAGCCAUCGCACUUUGCCACUGUGGGGGCAGCGGGAGUGGCACCCCACGGGGUUCCUGUGCUCUAUGUUAGAGCGCUUAAUGAGCACAUUGACUGUGCUAUAUGUAAAAAAAAAAGAAGUGUUUUAUAAAAAUCCAGAGUAGGGGCAAGACCAUGACUGGUGAUUUGAUACUUUUGACAGCUGAGAGAAACUGCGUUUUGAGCUGAAGCUGAGUCAAGGAGGCAGUGGCUCGUAACAGGACCACCAUGUUCCCAGAGCUCAGCACAGCAUUUCAGUCAGCUGGUUCCAGCAGUAAUGGUGACUCGCGCCGACUCGCUAAGAGAACCUGUACCUGAAACAGGUCACCACGCGGUCACCUCCCAGCAUGAGAGAGGUGCCAGCCAGGGAUUUAUCUGACUGAAGAAAGCCUUCUGUGGCCAUGUAAAAAGAGAAUUAAAAUAUUUUCUUGUUUUAUAUCUACAUGUAUGUGUAUACACAUGUAUCCUACCAGCAUCCCUUUGCCCUGCGGUGCUCAUACUUCUGCCACCGCUGGCAACUCUGACUUGUCACAGAACCAGAGUUUUUCACAUCACCCCAGAGAAAGGGAAAUGGGGGAACAAGUGUAGUUAGCAGAACUUGAAAGAACCAGAUUGUCACAUAAAACAACAAAAAACAAACCCAUUGCUGUCCAGUCGAUGCCAACUCAUAGUGACCCUAUACUACAGCGUAGAAGUGCCCCGUGGGGCUUCAAGGGGCACAUGGUGGAUUCGAACUGCUGACCUUUUGGUUAGCAGCCAAGCUCUUAACCACUGCGCCACCAGGGCUUCGAUCAUCGUAUGGAAAAAUUCAAGCAGCAGCUGUUGAAAGAGAAAACAAUACUUGGCUUCUUGGAGUCUUAGAUUUAACCGAGGAUAGUCCUCAAUAUCUUGCUAAUAAAUUCUCUUGUCGGAAUCAAUUGUGAGACAGCAGUUUGGGUUGAAAGGAUAUAUGAUCUCUCUGGCUGACCUAAAGCUAACCAGUUGUUAAGUCAACCCUGAAUGUGGCGACCCCAUGCGUGUCAGAGUAGAACUGUGCUCCUGAGGAUUUUCAGUGUCUGAUUUUUCGGAAGUAGAUUACCAGGCCUUUCUUUCAAGGUGCCUCUGGGUGGAUUUAAACCUCCAGCUUUUAGGUUAGCAGCCAAGCACCUAACCACUUGCACCACCCAGUGACUCCAAGGUAGGCUAACUAGUGUUUAAGGGGAACCUACUGUUGGAGCCCUGGUGGGACAGUGGUUAAGAGCUUGGCUGCUAACCAAAAAGGUUGGCAGUUCAAAUCCACCAGCCAUUCCUUGGAAACCCUGUGCUAUAGGGUUGCUAUAAGUCGGAAUCAGCUCGAAGGCAACAGGUUAACAGGUAACAGGUAAGGCAGACUGGGAAGCACAGAGUGUUCAAAGCAUCCCCGUCACCCAUGCUCUCGGGCUCAGGUAGAGUGGGUGGUGUCUGUCACCUGCAUCCUCUGAUGAACCACCCUGGCUGAGCAGCCCCUUGGCGCCCUCAUGAGUGCCCAGCAGGAGCCUUUCCAAGAAGCAGGGCUGCUGGCAUCUGGAAGCUUCCUGCAGAGCUCUCCACCGUCCAUUCGCCUGAGUCUCCUGCCAAGAACAGGGGGCACCAGUCCAGGACACAGGCCACCAGCCCAGAUGUGGGGAAUGAAGCCUGCACCCUUCCUGUGUCUUCAAACCAGCCUAAUAUCCUUGGGUUUGGGGGGAUUUUUUGUUUCAUUUUUAAGAAGCCCUGGUGGUGCAGUGCUUAAAGUGCUUGCCUGCUAACUGAAAGGUGAGCUGUUCAAACCCACCAGGUGCUCCAUGGGAAAAAGAAGGGGAAGUCUGCUUCCAUAAAGAUUACAGCCUUGGAAACUCUGUGGGACAGUUCUGCUCUGUCCUGUAGGAUUGCUAAGAGUUGGAAUAGACUCUGUAGCAGUGAGUUUUUGGUUUUUUUUAUUUGUUUGUUUUUUGGCAUUUAUGAGAUGGACUCAAGAGUAACUGGUUAUAUUUGUUAUCUAGUGCUGCCAUAACAGAAAUACCACAAGUGGAUGGCUUUAACAAAGAGAAAUUUAUCGUCUCACAGUCUGGUAGGUUACAAGUCCAAAUUCAGGGGAAGGCUUUCUCUCUCUGUCAGCUCUGGAGGAAGCUCUUUGUCCUCAAUCUUCCUCUGGUCAAGGAGCUUCUCAGGCAGGCGCAGGGACUCCGUGUUCAAAGGACGCGCUCUGCUCCUGGUGCUGCUUUCUUGGUGGUAUGAGGUCUCCAACUCUCUGCUUGCUUCCCUUUCCUUUUAUUUCUUGAGAGAGAAAAGGUGGUGCGGGCCACACCCCAGGGAAACUCCUGUUACCUUGGAUCAGGGUGGUGUUAGAAUCCCAACCUAAUCCUCAACAUAAAAUUACAAUCACAAAAUGGAGGACCACCACACAUGCCCUAACCAAGUUGGUACAUUUUUGGGGGGACAUAAUC